GAUAUUCGACAGCAAAAUCUGCAGCUAGAUAGCUCUGCGUAUGCGAGCUUGCCUUGUUAGUUUGAAAGAUUGAAGCUUUCUGGAUUGUUUUCUGUUUCUGCGGGAAGAAGAUUGACAAUGGGAGAGGAGCAUCCGAGAAAGCGAUCUAGACAACAUUUUGAAGCAGAGGCGAGACAGAUAUCUUCCCCUCAAUGCGAAACCUCUAAGUGGUAUUUCAGCAGGGAAGAGAUUGAGCGUUUCUCUCCGUCUAGAAAGGAUGGGAUUGACCUCGUGAAGGAGUCGUUUUUACGGUCUUCGUAUUGCACCUUCCUUCAAAGACUUGGCAUGAAGCUUCAUGUGUCCCAGGUUACAAUAGGAUGUGCAACGGUGAUGUGCCACCGGUUUUACAUGCGUCAAUCUCAUGCAAAAAAUGACUGGCAGACGAUAGCAACGGCCAGUCUCUUCCUCGCUUGCAAAGCAGAAGAUGAGCCGUGUCAACUGUCCAGCGUUGUUGUUGCUUCUUACGAAAUAAUUUAUGAGUGGGAUCCUGCUGCCUCGAUUAGAAUCCAUCAAACUGAAUAUUACCAUGAAUUUAAAGAAUUUAUUUUGGCCGGGGAGAGGCUUCUGCUGGACACAAGCGCUUUCCAUCAUCUAGACAUUGAACUUCCCUACAAACCUCUGGCUGCGGCGUUGAACAGGCUCAACGCUUGGCCUGACCUUGCAACAGCUUCAUGGAACUUUGUGCAUGAUUGGCUUCGAACGACACUCUGCUUGCAGUACAAACCCCAUGUUAUUGCAACUGCCACUGUGCACCUAGCUGCCACGUUUCAGAACGCGAAAGUAGGAAGCAGGAGAGAUUGGUGGUUGGAGUUUGGAGUAACAACUAAGCUUUUAAAAGAGGUGAUCCAGGAAAUGUGCAUGCUGAUAGAAGAGGACAGGAGGAGGACGAUGCCGCCUCCAAGAAGAGAGGUAGCUUGGGCAAUACCUGCAGCCAUGAAGCCGGUCCAUAUGGCUAGAGGCUAUCCGUUUCACAGCUACCCUUUGCAGUCCUAUAGACAGCCUGGCAUCUGGUGAUCCAUUGUUUUUUCAGCAGCCUGAAGAUGUAAUCUCUCUUGUUGUCUGAGUUUGGUUGAUAAACUAAAAAAGAGAUUCUGUGGAGUUUCAGAGGCAUAUAGCAACCUGAGUGAAGUGUUUUUUUGGUUAUGUUUAAGCCUCUCAGGUGUGGCCAUCUUCACCAAAGCGAUUCUCUCAAGAUUCUUCUUCUUUGUUCUGUUACAUAGAGAUUAUGUAGAGUUGUUGGUUAUACAAGUGUCCACUCACUUAUUCUAAUACUAUUGGACUUUCAUAUCAUUGUAUAUUUUGAAUCUAUAUAUUUGGGUUUCUUCAAAAAAAAUUCCUCAUUUGCCAAGUAGUUUGGUUUGAUGAGGUGCUGAUAUGAGCUGGAUGUAAGAGCUUUUAGCCCC